AAAUUUUUCGAAUAUUCGUGAUAACACAGAUACACAUAUUCGGGUAAAUAAAACUUGUAUGCAUUAGACAAUAUAUUAUUUCAAGUGUCGUAUGACAUUUUUAAAUUAUCUACAGAUUAGAGAAGUUCUUCAGUCUUCAAAAAUGCUUUAUCUUAUACCAAUUACAUUAGGCCUGUUCUUUUUAGCUGCACUGCUACAUUGGUGCAACAAGUUAAAGUAAGAUAAAUAUAUUUUUUCUCAUUCUAACUUACUGCACUAGUGCAGCAAUGCACCGAAAAAGAACAGACCAAUUAUCAACCAACAACGUUUAAUAAGCUUGUCGUAAGACACAUAAAAUAUUAACCAUAGAAUGUGUAAACAGUCUGCGAUUGCAUUUUUGUCCCGUGCUAUUGAAUAAAGUAAUAUGAAGCUUUAUUCUGUUUCGGACGGACCACCGUCUCUUGCGUGUCAGCAGCUGUUAAAGAUUUUGGAUAUUAAAUAUGAAUUGAUCAAUCUAGAUUUUGGGAAAGGUGAACAUAUGACUGAAGAAUACGAAAAGCUAAAUCCACAAAAAGAGAUACCUACGCUUGUCGACGAUGAUCUUAUAAUGGGUGAAAGCAACGCAAUUCUGCAAUAUUUAGCCGAUCAGUAUGAUACGAGCGGCAAGUUGUAUCCAAAGGAACCGAAAUUGCGAGCAAUUGUCAAUCAUCGUCUGUGUUUCAAUUUAGCGAUUUAUUAUCGUAACAUCAGCGAAUAUACUUUGUUGCCGAUAUUCUUUGAUUAUCAACGCACGCCGUUAGGUCUCAAGAAAACAAAGAUUGCAUUAAAUGUUUUUAAUACGUAUCUGCAACGCAGUAACUUUGAGUAUGCAGCAGGCAACAAUUUGACAAUCGCUGAUUUUCCGCUGAUAACUGCGACAAUGUGUCUGGAAGCCAUUGACUUCAAACUGGAUGCCUGGCCUUACGUGACAAAAUGGUAUGACAAUUUCAAACGGAAGCAUCCUGAACUCUGGGAAAUCGCGGCCGGUGGAAUGCGAGAGCUCAGCUAUUUUGAAAAACAUCCGCCUUUAUCUAAUAUGGAUCAUCCGAUACAUGCGACACGCAAGAGCGUAUGAGUUUCUGAAAGGAAAUUAAGCAGUUUUGAAUAUAGUUACAAACAUUUAAUUUCUACACAACACUUCAGAUAUAUUUUUUAGCAGUUUUUUGAGCAUAUGUAAUAUAAAUUUAAAAUAAAAAUAAAUAAAAAUGUGAUAUUCUUACUAAACUAGAUUUAUUAUUGAUACAAUCACAUUCAUUCAAUAUUUGCACAAUAUUUCCAUAAUAUUUAUCCUUUAUAUCAACGUUAAACUAGAAUUUCUAUUACAUAUAUUUUUACAAUAAAUGUUAUAAUUAUUGCGGUUACAACCUUCGUUAAGUUACAACCUGUGUUAACUUUUGUGUAAUUGACAGUUAUACAAAUGAAAUAAAUAUACAUUCUGUAUUCUUAAAAAUGUUGGAAUUAAUUGCAAAAAUUGUAGGUGAUAUCUAUAUAAUAAUUAUAUAUACAAAAUUAUAUCUAAUAACACAAAUAGAUAUAAUUAUUUAUUGAUGUAAAUAAAUACAAGGAUAAAUUCAAAGGAAAAAUUGGUGUAAAAUAACUAUAUGAAUCAAUGUC